AAAGCUAUAAAAAGAAAUGGAUCUGGUCUUAUAGCUUCUCAAAAACGCUUUAAUUCGCAAACUUCAGAUAUAAAAGGGCCAUUGGAUGGUGUUCGUGUUCUAGAAUUAGGACAAGUCAAAAUUGAAACACCAGGAUCAGGCGAUCCGAUCCGUGUUUGGCGAAACGUAGAUAUUGACGGUAUCAGUCCAUGGUUUCGCUCAAUGGGCAGAAAUAAAAAGUCAUGUGAGAUAAAUCUACGAACAGAAGGUGGAAGAAAACUAGUUCGCCAAUUGGCUGAUAAAUGUGAUGUUUUACUUGAAAACUUUCGUCCUGGUACGAUGGAGAAAUGGGGGCUUGGACCUGAUGAAAUUUACAAGACAAAUCCUUCGUUAAUAUACACGCGAGUUUCUGGGUUUGGGCAAACAGGUCCUUAUGCAUCGAAACCAGGCUUCGCGUCAGUAUGCGAGGCAAUGGCAGGAUUUCGAUAUAUAACCGGUUUUCCAGAUAUGCCACCGGUUCGUCAAAAUAUAUCCAUAGGAGAUUCAGUGGCUGGAUUGACUGCGGCAUUUGGAACUGUUAUGGGACUUUUGGCUAGAAAUAAAAUUACUUCAAGUGAUAAAACUGGUCAGGUGAUUGACGUAGCCAUUUAUGAAAGCAUGUUUAAUAUGAUGGAAGGCAUUUUACCUGAAUAUGAUAGAUUUGGAGAAAUAAGGCAACCUUCUGGUACUUCUGUCACUGGUAUUGUACCUACAAACGCGUACCCGUGUUCAGAUUCUAAAUAUGUAAUCAUUGGUGGAAAUGGAGAUUCAAUAUACAAACGACUGAUGAAAGCUAUCGGAAGGGAAGAUCUCACCACUGCAGAGUAUGAAACCAACAAGGAACGUGUUAAACACAAAGAAUUGAUUGAUAAUGCAAUUUCAGAUUGGACGCGUACUUGCACUUCCAAAGAAGUAGUAGAAAAAUUAGAGAAAGCUGAGGUACCAUGUGGCUAUAUAUAUAAUAUUAAAGAUAUUGUUGAAGAUGAGCAUGUUCAGGAGCGUGAUUUACUUGAAACAGUUCAUAUCUCUAACAAGGAUAAUGAAGGAUGGGAUUUAAAGAUCCCUUCAAUGUCUCCAAAACUAACCUCUACACCUGGUAAAACAAGAUGGGCUGGCCCAGAUUUGGGUCAACAUAAUCGUGAAGUUCUAUUUGAUAUAUUAGGAUUAGCCGAGGAUGAAGUUAAAAAAUUGCAAAAGGAAGGAAUCGUUGUUGCCAUUCAAUAA